CGCCGCCGCCGCCGCCGCCGCCGCCUGCGCUGCACCACAGGCCGGAGACAGACAGGGCCGGGAAGAGCCGGAGACUGAAGAGGCGGCGGCGGAGGCGGAGCGACUCCGGUGACCGGGAGCGCCGCAGACUGGCAGCUGAGGCGACUCCCCCCUUUGUGUCUGGUCUGCUCAGAGUCGCUGGAGUGCUUCCCAGAGGGGCGCGGGGUGUCUGGCAGGCUCGGCUGCCCACCCCACCCCCCCCUUUUCCCAGGCCACCUACAUCCGCCCUCCCGCCGCCCCCCGCCUUCGGCCUGCGCCGCCGGAGCUCCGCCCGGAGCCCUGAGCAGCGGGGAGAACCAGGCGGCGGUGGUGGCGGCGGUGGUGGUGGCGGCGGCGGCGGCAUUGGCUUCCUGGCGGGGAAAGUGGAGGGGGGGACUGCCAUUCGCUUUCGGGAGCCAUUGACGAGAGGAAAGGAGGAUUUCACCGUGGGAUUUAUCUCGAGCCAAAUCGAGCGUCUGGACUAACCGAGAGCGAGGCGGCCGGAGCGGCGAAGUCAGCAGGGCGAGCCGCGGCAGCCCCACACCUCCCGUCUCGGGGCUCGGAGCUCGGGCCUGCCCGCCGACCCCCCUCUCCCCGACGCUCCCCUCCCCCGCCGCCCCGAGGCCCGGCCGGCCGGACCCUGGCGCGAUCGUGGCGUCCAGGCGUGAGGCUGUGCGCUCGCCCAUGGACGCAGGCACCUUUCCUCGUCCAGUCGAAGCGGAGGAUCUGUGGAUGUCGAAAUCGGAGUGAAGGGCGCCCCGAAACGGAACUUUAAAGGGAAUCCUGCUCUCCCCGUGCCGCAGGCGAUGCGACUCCGACCGCCGGGCGCCGCCGCUGCCUGCCCGGCUUCCCCCUUCCCCGCAGUCGGGAAUUCGUUCUGAUCUUCGCCAGUCCCUCCCUCCAUCUCCCCCUCUUCCCACGCCUCCCCGAUCGAAUCCUCGCCGUUCACCCCCACCCCCACCACCAGCAGCAGCCACUGCACCCUGGAUAUGUUUUCUCCCAGACCUGGAUAUUUUUUUGAUAUCGUGAAACUGCGAGGGAAAUAAGUGCAGGGAUUUCUUGUGAGCUCCCUCGCUUGCCCCCCACCCCACCCCGGACAUGCCUUCACCGAGCGGGGAGCCGAGGCACCCUAGCCUAGGCGAAUGAACCCCUCCAGCCGCGAGGGAACGCGAUGAAGGGAAUUUCUGCAGCGGAAUGAAAGCUCUGCAGCUAGGUCCUCUCAUCUGCCAUAUAUUUGUCCUUUCGAACUGCAUUGUAAUACGGGCACGAUAAGUCAGACGAAAGAGCAGCCUCCCGGCUGGAUCUCUCCGCCCGUAUUUACUUUUCAUAUUUCCUUCCUUUGCCAUCCUGCUUCUUGGCUGGCCCAGGGAUGACUUCCUCGCUGCAGCGGCCCUGGCUACUAUGGGCCAUCUUGAUGGUCAGCGCCGUGACCGCUUCCCAGAAUCAAGAACGGCUAUGUGCAUUCAAAGACCCAUAUCAACAAGACCUUGGGAUAGGUGAGAGUAGAAUCUCUCAUGAAAAUGGAACAAUAUUAUGCUCAAAAGGUAGCACUUGCUAUGGCCUGUGGGAGAAAUCAAAAGGAGACAUAAAUCUUGUAAAGCAAGGAUGUUGGUCUCACAUUGGAGAUCCCCAAGAAUGUCACUAUGAAGAAUGUGUAGUAACUACCACUCCUCCCUCGAUUCAGAAUGGAACAUACCGUUUUUGCUGCUGUAGCACAGAUUUAUGUAAUGUCAACUUUACUGAGAAUUUUCCACCGCCUGACACAACAACACUCAGUCCACCUCAUUCAUUUAACCGAGAUGAGACAAUAAUCAUUGCCUUGGCGUCAGUCUCUGUAUUAGCUGUCCUGGUAGUUGCCUUAUGCUUCGGAUAUCGAAUGUUAACAGGAGACCGCAAACAAGGUCUGCACAGUAUGAACAUGAUGGAGGCAGCAGCAUCGGAGCCCUCUCUUGACCUAGAUAAUUUGAAACUGUUGGAGCUGAUUGGACGGGGUCGAUAUGGAGCAGUAUAUAAAGGUUCCUUGGAUGAGCGUCCAGUUGCUGUAAAAGUAUUUUCUUUUGCAAACCGUCAGAAUUUUAUAAAUGAAAAAAACAUUUACAGAGUGCCUUUGAUGGAACAUGACAACAUUGCUCGCUUUAUAGUUGGAGAUGAGAGAGUCACUGCAGAUGGACGUAUGGAAUAUUUGCUUGUGAUGGAGUAUUAUCCCAAUGGAUCUCUGUGCAAGUACUUGAGCCUGCAUACAAGUGACUGGGUAAGCUCUUGCCGACUGGCUCAUUCUGUGACUCGAGGACUGGCUUAUCUUCACACAGAAUUGCCACGAGGAGAUCAUUAUAAACCUGCAAUUUCCCAUCGAGAUUUAAACAGCAGAAAUGUCCUGGUAAAAAAUGAUGGAACCUGUGUCAUUAGUGACUUUGGGCUGUCCAUGAGGCUGACUGGAAAUAGACUGGUGCGCCCAGGAGAAGAAGAUAAUGCAGCCAUAAGUGAAGUGGGCACAAUUAGGUAUAUGGCACCAGAAGUGCUAGAAGGAGCUGUGAACCUGAGAGACUGCGAAUCAGCUUUGAAACAAGUAGACAUGUAUGCACUUGGGCUAAUCUAUUGGGAGAUAUUUAUGAGAUGUACAGACCUUUUCCCAGGUGAAUCUGUACCAGAAUACCAGAUGGCUUUUCAGACAGAAGUUGGAAAUCAUCCCACUUUCGAGGAUAUGCAGGUGCUUGUAUCUAGAGAAAAACAGAGACCCAAGUUCCCAGAAGCCUGGAAAGAAAAUAGUCUGGCAGUGAGGUCACUCAAGGAGACAAUUGAAGACUGCUGGGACCAGGAUGCAGAGGCUCGGCUUACUGCACAGUGUGCUGAGGAGAGGAUGGCUGAACUAAUGAUGAUAUGGGAAAGAAACAAGUCUGUGAGUCCAACAGUAAAUCCAAUGUCUACUGCUAUGCAGAACGAACGCAACCUGUCACAUAAUAGGCGUGUGCCAAAAAUUGGCCCUUAUCCAGAUUAUUCUUCUUCUUCAUACAUUGAAGAUUCUAUUCAUCACACUGAUAGCAUUGUGAAGAAUAUUUCCACAGAGCAUUCAAUGUCCACAACACCUCUGACUAUAGGAGAAAAGAACCGAAACUCAAUUAAUUAUGAACGACAGCAAGCACAAGCUCGAAUCCCCAGCCCUGAAACAAGUGUCACCAGCCUGUCCACUAACACAACAACCACAAACACUACUGGCCUCACUCCAAGUACUGGCAUGACCACUAUAUCUGAGUUGCCAUACCCAGAUGAAACAAAUCUGCAUGCCACAAAUGUUGCACAGUCUGUUGGGCCAACCCCUGUCUGCUUACAAUUGACAGAAGAAGACUUGGAGACCAACAAGCUAGACCCAAAAGAAGUUGACAAGAACCUCAAGGAAAGCUCUGAUGAAAAUCUCAUGGAGCAUUCUCUUAAACAGUUCAGUGGACCAGACCCACUGAGUAGUACCAGUUCUAGCUUGCUUUACCCACUCAUAAAGCUUGCAGUGGAAGUAACUGGACAGCAGGACUUCACACAGGCUACAAAUGGCCAAGCAUGUCUAAUUCCUGAUGUUCCAUCUGUUCAGAUCUAUCCUCUCCCUAAGCAACAGAACCUUCCUAAGAGACCCACUAGUUUGCCUUUGAACACCAAAAAUUCAACUAAAGAGCCCCGGCUAAAAUUUGGCAGCAAGCACAAAUCAAACUUGAAACAAAUAGAAACUGGAGUUGCCAAGAUGAAUACAAUCAAUGCAGCCGAACCUCAUGUGGUAACAGUCACUAUGAAUGGUGUGGCUGGUAGAAACCACAGUGCUAACUCUCAUGCUGCCACAACCCAAUAUGUCAAUGGGGCAGUACCAUCUGGCCAGACAGCUAAUAUAGUGGCACAUAGGGCGCAAGAAAUGCUGCAGAAUCAAUUUACUGGUGAGGACACCCGGCUGAAUAUUAAUUCCAGUCCUGAUGAGCAUGAACCUUUACUGAGACGAGAGCAACAAGCUAGCCAUGAUGAAGGUGUGCUGGAUCGUCUAGUGGACAGGAGGGAACGGCCACUAGAAGGUGGCCGAACUAAUUCCAAUAACAACAACAGCAAUCCAUGUUCAGAACAAGGUGUACUGACACAGGGUGUUUCAAGCACAGUAGCUGAUCCUGGGCCAUCAAAGCCCAGAAGAGCACAGAGGCCUAAUUCUCUGGAUCUUUCAGCCACCAAUGUCCUGGAUGGCAGCAGUAUACAGAUAGGUGAGUCAACACAAGAUGGCAAAUCAGGAUCAGGAGACAAGAUCAAAAAACGUGUGAAAACUCCGUAUUCUCUUAAGCGGUGGCGCCCCUCCACUUGGGUCAUCUCCACUGAGCCACUGGACUGUGAGGUCAACAACAAUGGCGGUGAUAGAGCAGUUCACUCCAAAUCCAGCACCGCUGUUUACCUUGCAGAAGGAGGCACAGCCACAACCAUGGUGUCUAAAGAUAUGGGAAUGAAUUGUCUGUGAAAUGUUUUCAAGUUUAUGGAGUGAAAUUAUUUUUUUGCAUCAUUUAAACGUGCAGAAGACAUUUAAAAAAAAACUGCUUUAUCUUCCUGUCAGCACCCCUUCCCACCCCUGCAACAAGACUUGCUUUAAAUAGAUUUCAGCUAUGCAGAAAAGUUUUAGCUUAUGCUUCCAUAUUUUUUAAUUUUGUUUUUUUUGUCUUGCACUUUUGUUUAGUCUUGCUAAAGUUGUAUUUGUCUGUUAUGACCACAGAAUUAUAUGUGUGUGUAUCAAAAGUGGUCUCAAAUAUUUUUUUAAGAAAAAAAAGCAAAAACAAUGUAUUGCUGAUAAUCAGUUUGGACCAUUUUCUAAAGGUCAUUAAAUCAGAAGCAAAUUAAGACAGGUUUGAUUGCAUUGGUGUCUGGUAUCCAUGUUUUAUUUUGGGCACAAGUUAGUUUAUAUUGAGAUGUUCUUAAAACAUUAUCUGUUGGACAUUCUUUUCUUUUGUAUUUUGUUUGAAUGUGCAAUAGUCUUUAGACCACAAAAAAAAAACACACCCAAACCUUUAUAAGGUCUCUUCCUAGCAGGGCACACAUUCUUCCAUAAUAUGAACAUGCCCCCCCCACCCCC